UUGUGUAGUUUUAUAAAAGACGAAUAACGGUAUUAUGGUUAUAUAAAAAUAGAAUUAAGGUUUAUAAGAGUACUAAAAGCAAUGCUGGUUUUAUAGAAGUGGUAUUGCAUUACUAAUAGUAGAAGGAUCUUAAGUUUUAUUACCAUAGUGAUAUAAAUGUUUUGGUGAUCAUCUUAUAAACCUUCUGGCGAUUGUGACUUCAAGUUAUAUAAGUAAGUUUUAUAGCAAUGUAUAUCACUUGCUUAUAUCACUUGUCAGUGAUGAGUUUAUAUUAGAGUAUGUAAAUUACUUCAAUAUAACUACGUAGCUAUUAGGAAAUUACUGACGCUUCUACAUUACUAAAAGUGAUUAUAAUUUCCAGAAAGUGAUGCGAUAUUACUACGAGUUCUAUAAUAGUGACUGAGACAGCUUUUAUGUAACUGUUUGAAUUGAUCGCGUGUGUUGCUUCAUAAAAGUGCGGAUAUCCAGCGAGUUAAGUUUAAACUUUUUUAGAGGUUAAACGAUGUCUUAUUAUGGUAAGUGGAAAAAAUUCAAAACCUCAGGAGCAUUUCGCAGACGAGUAGUGCGCAAUAUGACUGAAAUAAUGAAGGAGAAUGCAACUAUUUCAACCCAAGGUUCAUUUGAUAAGCAGCAAUCCGUUAUGCCCCUUGUAGAUGAGAAGUGUGUGUCUGACCUGCAGUUACCAUCUCCGGAAAUGGAAAAGAUAGUUCCAGAAAACUAUGCUAACGACAAAGAAGUACAAAUGAAUUGGUUACUAGAAUUGGAGGAAGACGAAGGUGGAGAGGAUAAUUGUAAUGAAACAUUAUCUAAAGACAACAAUGUGCAGUUCCUUAACAACUUUAGAUUGUGGGCAAACACCUUCAAUAUAAGGCACCGUGCUUUAAAGUCUAUUAUUAAUGUGGUAAACACUCGUUUUCCAAAUAUACUACCUAAAGAUCCUCGUACACUACUGCAAACACCCCCUGCAAAAGUUGUCCUCCAAAAAAUGGGUGAAGGUUAUUACUGGCAUCAAGGAUUCGAAGUAUGUCUAAAAAACUGUUUUGAUAAGAUAAGAACGUACACAUCACUUUCAAUAACCUUAAAUAUUGAUGGUUUACCCAUUUAUAAAAGCUCCAAAGAUGAAUUUUGGCCCAUCUUAUUUAAUAUUUUUGAAAUUCCGCAUCUCCACCCUAUGAUUAUUGGUAUUUAUAGUGGGAAAGGAAAACCACCUGAUAUUAAAACAUUUAUUACACCAUUUGUAGAGGAAAUGAAGUUAAUUUUAGAGCAUGGAAUUUUGUUUGAAAAUGGGCAUCAUUUAAAAAUAAGCAUUCGAUGUUUUGUAUGCGAUUCACCUGCACGUUCCUUUAUCAAAGGUGUUGCAAAUUUUAAUGGGCAGCAUGGUUGCUUAAAAUGCACCACUGUAGGAGAAUAUUCCUAUCUUACACAUUGUAAUGUAUUUCCUAGAAUUGAUUGUCCCAAAAGAACCGAUGAAGGCUUUCGAUUAAAAAUGUACGGAUCUCAUCAUAAAUGUGCCACACCUUUAGAAGAACUACCCAUAAAUAUGAUCGAAGACUUUCCGAUUGCCGACUCUCUUCAUUUACUGGAUUUAGGAAUUAUGAAACGUUGUUUAAUGGGUUGGAGAGAUGGUACUUUUCGCAAUUUCAACAUGAAAUGGUCUGCAAAUGACAUUUAUGGUGUCUCACAAUAUUUGCGAGGGUGCAGGUUGCCAUCAGAAAUUCACAGAGCUGUAAGAGGACUAGAAUGUUUACCUCAUUGGAAAGGUUUAGAAUACAGAUCCUUCUUAUAUUAUAUUGGGAUAGUAAUUUUAAAAAAAUAUUUGCCACGUGAUGUAUAUGAACAUUUUUUGCUAUUGUUUUGUGCUGUAACUAUCUGUUCGUCCCCAAGGGUACAUUAAUCUUUAUGGAGAAGAUUAUGUAACUAGCAAUGUACAUAAUUUAGUCCACAUAGUUGAUGAUGUGAAAAAGUUCGGUGUUCUAUC